UUUCAUUUCCCAUCCAACUCCAUUUUUUUUUCCCUAAGUCAUUUUCAUUUUCACCAUGCGGAGCUCUCUCUCUCACAUCUCCACCGCCUCUAGCCACCUCCCUAGCCCUAGCCGCCGCCACAGCCACCGCCAACGCCCUAGCUGUAGCCGCCGCCGCCAUAGAUCUACUCUCUCUCACCUCAGCCACCACCCACUGCCACCUAUCUGAUCUUCUUCAUUAGAUCAUCUCUCAAACCCACACUCACUUGGUGGGAAUGAUAAAGCUGGCUCUAGAGGCAGGGAAGACGACACCGGCGCCGCCAGUGGGGCCGGCACUGGGUUCCAAGGGUGUGAAUAUCAUGGCUUUCUGUAAGGACUACAAUGCCAGGACAGCUGACAAGGCUGGUUAUGUUAUUCCUGUUGAAAUUACUGUCUAUGAAGAUAAAAGCUUUACUUUCAUUUUGAAGACACCCCCUGCUUCAGUUCUGCUGUUAGAAGCCGCCAAUAUGCUUCCUUAACAAUGCCCAUUAUGUGUUUGAUUGUUUUACCCUUCGUUUGUUUGGCAUUUACUGAAUGUAAUUAAGCAUCUAAUUCCUGUAUUUUAGCAGUGUGUUUUGGGGCAAUUAUUAAUUUGAUGUAGUAGCUUAUUGAGUGGUUAUUACUUGAAUCAAGUUUCGUUUUAAUA